AUGAGCAAACCGUCUAAAUCGCCAAACCCUGCAAAUAAUUCAUCAAGUGUCGGUUCGGUAUGCCCUCCGACCGCCCGUUCGUUGAGCAUGAUGACUGCUGAACCACAGACAGAUCCUCGUCAAACCCCAACUGCUUUAUCGAAUUCUGUGAAUACGGCAAUCGGCGGAACACCGUCGGAUUUCAAGUCCAGCUCUGGUCUAUCCGAUACUUCGGCUCGUUCAGGACGUGUUACCUCGGAUAAAUCAACACCGAAAACGGCCAAGGCCCCAACAUCGCCGGAAAUUAUUAUGAAUGAUUUGAGAAGAGGAAGUCUUUUCGGAAGACAAACAAAAAACGUUGCUCAGAGUGAGCCUGAAAGUAUGACUAACAUCACAUGGACUAAUACUGGUGAUUUGUCAACUCCAUCUCAAAUGAGUAGUUUCGAUGGAAAGCCGCCGAACAACCACUUUUCGAUUAACACUGAAAUGUCGGUAUCAAUAAGAACUGGAAUUCCGGUGACUGAAAAGAGUGUUCUUUCUGGUGCCCCGAAAACUCGAAAUCGUUCUCCCGUUGCUCAAAUUGAUGCGUUGAAAAAACGAGAGGAACAGAGAAAACAACUGGAUGCAAUGUCACCUAAUCCGAAUGUUUCGACAAAGUCGAAAAAAUCAAAGAAAUCCAAAAAAUCUGUGAAAGGUUUGGACGCCUCCACAAUUUCAAUGAAGACUGGAUUUUCCAAAAAAUUGAAAAAAUCCAAGAAAUCGAAGAAAUCAUCGAAAAAGGAGGAACCUAUCACAGUGAAUCUGGACUAUGCAAAACGUUCUAAAAAAUCGAAGAAAUCGAAAAAAGAUGAGGUCCCGCCGAUGUCUGGAAGAGCUGGAAUAAUAAAGAAGAAGUUGGAUGAAUGUACCCCUUUGCCAGGUGUCAUGCAAACUAUUCCACCCUCUCCACCGGGUAAAAACUUCGUCAUGAAACCGGAAGUUCCUGCUGAUUCUUCAUCGAAAAUCCAAAAAAUCAAAUCAAGUCAAGUCAACAAUUUCCCGGGAGCUGGAAAAUACACUCGGAAUAUGGAUGAAGUGGCUCCAAAGACUCCUCAAAAUGCCACUGAUCCAAAUCAGAGUCAUGUUGUCUACGACGUUUCGAAAUUAAACUCAAAUCAGAGACGGUGCCGACCAAAGAAACCAAUCAAGUGUAUCGGGAGAUUCUCACCUUCGAGGACUAGACCUGGAACCAAGAAAUCCACGGGUAGAAGUGCUUCGAGACGUGUUGCUGAUCCACCAUCGGAGAAAACGAUUGGAAACAAUCAAAUUGUGGUUCUUGGAACUACACAGGAUGGGAAGAAUACGAUCCGAAUGACGAUCGAUAUGCAAAUAGUUUCUGGUGAAGCUCUCGGAGGAUCUGAUAAACCAAUGACAAUUGUUCCGAAGAAAGUGAUGGUUGGAGGGAAAGAACUUCCAGUUGAUAGUUCGGAGGAGAAGAGUGAAAAUUGA